AUGGAUAGCAUUAUUCACCAGGCGCAGAAGACCGACGAUGGCGCGGAACUGACAGCACUUACAGGGAACGAGUCUCGAUCACGAGAAAGAGGCGGCUUCUUGCGGUCCCUCUUCUGCUGCUUCGGCGACCGGCGCAACUCGCACACAUAUGAGGAAGUAUCGGAGCCGCCGCCUGAAGAACCGAGCCCAAAGCAGGAGGACGUUGUUGUCCCCGAUCCAUCACCUAUCGUCUCACUGCUCGGCCCUGCGGACGAUCCCAAGAAGAUCUGUUGCGUGAUAGAUCUCGACGAAACUCUUGUGCAUUCCUCGUUCAAGCCGAUCGCCAACGCCGACUUCCAUGUGCCAGUCGAGAUUGAGAACAUGGUUCAUCAAGUAUACGUGCUCAAGAGGCCAUACGUGGAUGAAUUCCUCGCCAAAGUCGGCGAGUUAUUCGAAUGCGUCCUCUUCACCGCCUCAUUAGCCAAAUAUGCUGACGAAGUCGCCAACGAAAUCGACCCAAAUAAUGAGUUUUCCAGCAGAUUGUUUCGCGAGUCGUGCGUUUACGACAGGGGCAACUACGUCAAGGACUUGACCAAGCUCGGCAGACAGUUGGAUAGAACGAUCAUUAUUGACAACUCGCCGGCUAGUUAUUUAUUUCAACCUCAAAAUGCGAUCCCAGUCAGUAGCUGGUUCGAAGAUAAAAAUGACACACUGCUACGAGAUAUAAUUCCUGAUAUGGAGCGCAUCGCCGAAUCCACACCAGAAGAUUUUUACACCGUGGUCAGACAAGUGCAGCAAAGAAUAGCCCAGCUCGUCGAAGGCUACAACUCCCAGUGA